ACACCACUACUGAACCACAGUCUUUUCUGCAGUCUUUCAAUCAGGAAAAAUAAUUUAUUGCAGAAGAAAAACCAAAAUAUCGCGUAGUUUACGUAUAGGAAUGGCUAAAUGGGGUCCAAAUUAAGAGGCUCGAGCAGGUCGCCUCUGGCUACUACAUCAGUGGGCACGGCAACACAGCCCUGACUAUGUCACCCAACAUACCGCUCUUUGUGCAGGUCUUGUAUGCGUGCAAUGCUAACAUUUUCAGCGGGAUAACAGCUAUCUCGGACGGUGGAUGCUCGGAGCCUCGCUACAGCAUCAUCGCAUCGACACGCAUGAACCCGGACAGCGAUUGCACUAAAUCGUUCACGGAAAGCUGCACGGUACUGCUGCCGACGCCACACGUGGAAACCACCUUCUGCGCAUCUUCGUCGAGCACGAUGACCACGGUAUCCGCCCCCAAGAAGGACCUGCUGCUGCCUAUAAAUUGGAGCUCACCGAGGGUCAGCUUCAGUGGGCACGGCAACACAGCCGUGACUAUGUCCCCCAACAUGCCGAUCUUUGUGCAGGUCUUGUAUGCGUGCAAUGCUAUCAUCUUCAACGGGAUAACAGCUCUCUCGGACGGUGGAUGCUCGGAGCAUCGCUACAGCAUUAUCGCAUCGACACGCAUGAAACCGGACAGCGAUUGCACUACAUCGUUCACGGAAAGCUGCACGGUACUGCUGCCGACGCCACACGUGGAAACUGUAUCGCCAUGUGAUAAGACAUGCGCGGAAGUCUUCUGUAUUUUAGUUACUCCGCGCAAGAUACGCCAUUUAUCUUUUUCCUUGGCCACACGUGUUGGCCUGCCUAUAUAAUCGAGCCUCAAAUAAAGGUGGCGGCCCCUUACGCUCAUCAGAUGACGUCCUGUUUCUGUCAUCAAAUGCAGCGCAACGAUACAUGGUGUCAGAAGUGCCAGGCGUGCCCGACGACGCGCUAAUGAGAGUCAAGUUUUGGGAGCUACGACACUGAAAUGGAUCUUCUGAAGCCUCCAGACCCUCUUCGUAUCACAGGUGACGUCUCCAAAAACUGGCAGCUAUUUAAGCAAAAGCUAGAGCUCUACGUUACCGUAGUGAAACCCCAAGACAAACCUCUGAGCGAUGCUGCAAAGAUGGCACUACUGCUGACAUUGGCCGGCGAUGAAAUUCUCAAAAUAUUUAACAAUUUUGUUUUUAAAGAAGAUGAAAGUAGAGAUUACAAGACCGUCGUAGAGAAGUUGGACAACUACUGGAGCGCACAGACAAAUGAAGUGUACGAGCGGUAUGUGUUCCGGAAGAGAAUGCAGGCGGCAGGGGAAACGUUCGAACACUUUGUACGCGACGUGAGGAAGCAGGCCCGGCAAUGCAAUUUCGAAGGGUUGGCCGACUCCAUGAUCCGCGAUCAAAUUGUAAUUGGAAUCAAUAAUCAGACUUUACGCAUGAAGGUUCUCCAAGACAACCAGCUAACAAUGGCUAAAGCGGAACAAAUAUGCAAGGCAUUCAAAGCAGCAGCUCUCCAGAAUGAAGCAUGGGCUCAAAAAGAACAAAUAGAUCCGGUGCAGAUGACGCAAGAAAAAAGAUUGCCUCAAGGAAAACCCAAGUGUUCCAAGUGCGGCAGGGUGCACAAGCCACGAAACUGCCCGGCCUAUGGAAAAACGUGCAGAGUAUGUCAGUCAAAGAACCACUUCGCAGCGUGCUGUCGAAAGGCAGCGCAAGUCAGUGAAUUGAGCGACGACGAGGAUGACUUCAUGUUGGAUGUCUGUGGACUGCGUAGGAACCAAGCGUGACUGGAUGGUCAAGGCGAACGUUGGUGGUGAGCAAGUUUUUCUGAAGAUUGACACGGGUUCACAAGCAAAUCUACUGCCAUUCUCUAUCUACAAGAACAUCAAACCAAGACCGCUCCUCCGACAGAGCACUUCCACGCUAAGAUCGUACAGUGGAUCCACAAUCAAGCAUGUGGGCGUCAUCAGCGAACAAGUGGUCAUCGGGGGCCAAAGCUGCAAGCUGAAAUUUUUCGUUGUCAAGAAGGGACAUCAGGCGCUGCUUGGGCUGAACGCGACGGAACAGCUCGGAUUGAUUACCAGAAACGUAGAUACUGUAACAAGCAGUUCUGAAAAACUUCUGCAGGAAUGCAGCGAGGUUUUCCAAGAUACCGGCUGCGUCCAACGCCAAUACAAGAUGGUGCCCAAGAAAGGCUCAGUUCCAGUUGUACAAGCAGCCCGGCGUGUACCCUUGACCCUGCGGGAACCACUGCGCAAGGAACUGAGGCGAAUGGAAGAAGCCGGAAUCAUUGUCAAGGUCAACGAGCCGACUGACUGGGUGAGCCCCUCAUCCUGGCGGACAUGCUUUCAAGAGCUACAGUUCCCGACCCAGAAGGUGACGCCGCAGGUGAGGAAGACAUCGAAAUACACGCCAAAUUGCAGAGCUGGAGGACACGUCAUCGACAACGGUAAUCUACAAACUGGGAGCCAUAUUUGCCAGAUAUGGAAUCCCGGUAGAAGUGUGGAGCGACAAUGGACCCCAGUUUGCAAGUCGAGAAUUCCGCCUAUUCGCGGACAAGUACGACUUUCGACAUAUGACAUCGAGUCCGGAGUUCCCUCGUUCAACGGCUUGGCGGAGAAGGGAGUUCAGGUGGUGAAACGGAUUCUGAAGAAAACGAACGAAGCAGGCGAAGAUUUCUGGCUGGGUCUCCUGAGUUACCGGUCGACGCCUCUGGAUGGUGGACGGUCACCGGGAGAAUUGUUGCAAGGACGACAACUAAGGUCAACCUUGCCAGAUUUCAACGUCCAAGAGAAGGUGAAAGUGCAAAAGCACAUUCAGUUUGAUCGUUCAAAAGGGCCGCUUCCACCCCUUGAAGAAGGUCAAGUCGUGAGGAUCAAGAGGAAAGCUUGGUCGCAGAAAGCCAAGGUUAUUGGUCAGACGCACCCGAGAUCGUACAACGUUUUCACCCAGGGGAACAAGCUUAUUAGGCGGAACCGGCAGCAUAUGUUACCCACAAAGGAAACUUUCAACCCCGAUGUUCUUGGUGGCCUCAGCGACGAUUACGUUCGUCACUCCACGCCGGCUACACCAGUAAAUCCCGGCGAGAACCGCACGCAGGACGUGCAAGUGACAGCGCAACCAAGUGCAGCUGAUAACCCAGAUCAGGUGACACCGCAAGCGUCCGCUCUUCUGCCUAUUAGAAGAUCGAGCAGGCAGAGACGGCCCCCCACGCGGCUACAAUACGACCAGAACUUUAACCAAGUGCCUUGAAUAUUGUUCGUAUCAUGCUUUUUUUUCGUUUUUUUUUGUUCAGAAGAAGGUUGUAUCGCCAUGUGAUAAGACAUGCGCGGAAGUCUUCUGUAUUUUAGUUACUCCGCGCAAGAUACGCCCUUUCUCUUUUUCCUUGGCCACACGUGUUGGCCUGCCUAUAUAAUCGAGCCUCAAAUAAAGGUGGCGGCCCCUUUACGCUCAUCAGAUGACGUCCUGUUUCUGUCAUCAAAUGCAGCGCAAC